AUGUGCUUAGCCAAUGCCAACUAUAAUGGUAAAAUCUGGUACUUUGUGGCUGAUAAUAUAGUUGUAGAAGUUCUGAUGGAUUCCCCUCAGCAUAUUACUUUGAAGCUGUUUUUACAAGAUUUGAAUCGGCAUCUUAUUACUACUUUAGUAUAUGCUAAAUGUAGUGCUUCUGAAAGGCUAGAGUUGUGGGAGGAUAUCUAUCAUCUUUCCAAUACCUUGUCUUGUUCCUGGUUAAUAGGAGGAGACUUCAAUGUGGUUCUGAAUGAUGAAGAAAAGAUAUGGGGUAAUCCUAUUCAACCUCUGGAUAUAGAAGACUUUGCUUUUUGCAUAAACUCAUGUGAUCUUGAAGAGGUAAACUUCAAGGGUAGUCCCUUCACUUGGUGGAAUGGUAGAGCAGAUGAAGCAUGUAUUUUUGAGAGAUUGGAUAGGAUGUUUGUGAAUUCACUACUUCUGGACAACUUUGGAAAUAUUGAAGUGGAACAUCUUGCAAGAACUGGAUUAGAUCAUGCUCCACUUCUGUGUACCUAUGGUGAUAAGCAUCAGAAUCUGGCUGAAUUGGUCCACUUGGAGCAUGAUGAUCCUUUCAUAAACUUCAAAAGCAAGAUGAAAAAGCCGAAAGAAGUGUUAUCCAAAUGGAGCAGGGAAGUGUUUGGUGAUAUAUUCAAGCAGCUGAUCAUAAGGGAGGAAAUAGUGAGAUUAAAGGAACAGUUGUUUGAACAAAAUCCAAGCCAAGUAAAUAGAGUGGUUUUGCAGAAAGCUCAGGCUGAGACUAAGAGAUAUUUGCAUUAA